CGAAAGCCAGUUACCGGGACCGCCACCUCAGCUAUGGGAGAACGUAACCCUGACUUAUGACACCGCCCCUUCCGUUAACCCGAGGGCUAACCUGUACUUCUCACCUACAUUCAGCACCUACCUGAGGAGGACAGCACCUAUCCGUCUCCUUACUCACUCAUAUUUUUCUGCAGACAUGGCGGAUUCACCCUGCCCUGGUUCCAGGAGAAGGUUUCCUAGAACAAACACAGCUCCACUUUGUCAUCCAGAGUCUAGGACUUGUCCAAUCAACAACCCACCCAAUUCUGCUUCUUCUAACAAGGUAGCAGUUCUAAGAAGACAUGCAAAGGGGGACAACCGUGAGCUGCGGGAGAUCCCGACAUCUCUGCUUAAGCAGUGGAAGGAGAAGUUUAAGACCCUGUCCCGUGUCAUGUGUCCGUGUUCUGGAUGCUGGCUGGAGUUUCCUAAUGUGUAUGGCCUAAAAUAUCAUUACCAGCGCUGCCAGGGGGCAGCCUUGUCUUCUCGUCUCCUAUUCUCCUGUCCUAGCUGUGAUGCUACAUUUGCCUCAAAGUCCCAGAUGGAGAAGCAUCUAGUUUGGAAUCAUUCAAACGGUGGAAAGAGCAGAGAGAGGAACUCUUCAUAUCCCACAUCCUCUUGUGAUGGACACAAAAGAGUUGCAGAGAGUCCCCCAUCUUCAAAGAAACACCCCAAGCAAGCCAAGUUGGGAAAGCCAACAGAGAAUGGAGAGUGCCCACCUAACAAACUCAAUAUCAAGCAUAGGGAGCUAUGUCUAUCUGAUGAGGAUCCAGAACGUAUGCGGCACAGAAGGAAACAAAAAACUCCAAAGAAGUUCACUGGGGAGCAGCCGUCCAUCACUGGAACCUUUGGGCUAAAAGGCCUUGGGAAAGCAGAGGAUAGAUCUCGAGGAAGAAGGGUGAGGAUCAUAGUGGGAAGAAUAGAGAAAGCAAAGAAGAGAUCCACGAGCACACUAUUCAGCAGAAAGGUGCACACAACAGCAUCUCUAGGUAGUGUGGAAGAUAGAUUUCAUCAUCAGAUCAGUAAGAAAGGGGAGGCAGUGUGUCCUAACUGUGCUUCCGUCACACGUAAAACCAUGGCCGGCUUGAGGAAACACAUGGAAGUUUGUGAGCAGCUGCAGGAAGCACUGAGAUGCAAACAUUGCCGAAAGCAGUUUAAAUCCAAGGCUGGUCUUAAUUAUCACACCAUGGCCGAACAUGUCAAUAAGUUACCUAGUCUCAUGGAGGCCCCGCUAGAUGAACAAAAGGAGCGAGAGCGCCUACGCAGAGUCCUGAAACAGAUGGGAAAACUGCGUUGCCCUAGAGAGGAUUGCUCAGCCUCCUUUACAAGCCUGAUGGGAUACCAGUAUCAUACCCAGCGGUGCGGAAAACAACCAUGUGAGGCAAAAAAUUUACAUUUCACGUGCCCCCAUUGCAGCAAGGAGUAUCAGUCCAAGGCUGGCAGAGAUUACCAUGUGCGCUCAGAGCAUAGUGUGGGUCCCAAAGAAUCACCCCCAGAAAUACAGGAGGUGGAACCAGAGGAGUUUGAGCGCACACCAAGUGGGAGGGUCAGACGCCAAUCAGCACAAGUUGCAGUCUUUCACCUGCAGGAGAUUGCAGAAGAUGAGUUGGUCAAAGAAGGGGGCAAGAGAAAGAUGAAGGCAGAUCUGGUGCCAGACAGCAAAAGGCUAAAUUACCUGCGACCUGGGCUGCCAACCUUUAAUCCCCAGUUGUUGGAUAUCUGGAAAACACAUGUGAGGGAGAAUGGCUUUAUCUGUUGCCCCAAUAACUGCUGCGAAGCCAUUUACUCCAGUGUGUCUGGACUGAAGGCUCAUCUAGCAAACUGCAAUAAGGGAAAUCACUCAGUGGGGAAGUAUCGCUGCCUUCUGUGUAAGAAGGAAUUCAGCUCAGAAAGCGGAGUGAAGUAUCACAUCAUGAAGACUCACUCACAGAACUGGUUCCGAGUGGCUUUGGGCCCUUCAUCUCCUAAAAGAAAAAUUCCACAAAACAACCCCAGGGAAGAAAGUAAGACAGGAGCAACAGGAAAGAAACGGGGCAGAAAACCUAAGGAGAGGCCACCUGCAGCCACAAUAACCCCUGCUACUCCACUUGUGAAGGAACCACCUCCAGAUCUGAAGACGUACUCUAAAACAACAGCCCUGGAGGGGGUGCAAACAAUUAGCCCAGAGCCCAAGGGGACAGCAAGGAAGACCACCCUCUCCAGGAGAGCAAAAUAACAGUAAUAAGGAUAAUGCACUGACAGUUAGAGCCUCAGCUUCCCCUCCUGGAAUUUGCACUACUUAGACAUUGUCCAUUUUAUACAUUAAUAGGACAUUAUAAAAUCAUCCAUUACCGCAUCAGAAAACAUAUAUAAUGCUGCACAAAUACAAGCAGCCAAAGAUAAUGCAAAGUCAACACAAAGCCGCACAAAUAUAAGUGUAACAUAUCAGUAGUUGAAUCUCCAGAUGCACCUUAUAACCCAUAUACCAGGCCUCAGAAUGAGGUGGGGGCCGUCUUUACUGUGCAUCCAAAUAAACCUAAAUAGCCGUCCUGCUUUAGCAAGGAGAAUGCAAGAGGGGAGAAAAUGGCGAAACAACACUGUAUAGUAUUAGUCUACAUAGAUUAUAUAUCAGAGAACUGGCUUCACCUAAAGGUACAUAGUAUAAUUAUAUAAUAAAGAACUCACUGUAUGGUAAAAAAUGCACAAAGCACAUUAUACCCUGCACUAUGUGUGUGCACAUCCCAUACCUUGGCACCAAACCUUACAGCUAUCCAUAAUAAGCAAAGCCCCUAAAAACGGUUAACACCCUUCUUUCCUGUGUGUUCAAACUGUACACUGCUUCCAUUGGGAUUAGUACAAGUAAGGGAAUGAACUACUGUUUGAGAAAAAGCUACUGUUUGAUAAAGACAUCGUAGUAACAGGUUGACUACAUUAGACUUUAUAAAAGAGCUUGCUUACAUAAAACAUAUAUGAGCUAAAUUUAGCGAUAAGAACACUUCCUAAUUAUAACCAGCAAUAAUAUUGCAAAUGUGUAAAGAAAGAUUAAGCAUUGACAUCAGUAGGUUUUGUAACUAUAGUAACAAAAUCAUAGAACCUUAUUUUGGUACUAUGAUAGUUAUAAGCUAUGAGCUUAAUGAGGUUUAUAUAUAUAGAUAUAUAUGAAUAGAGCAGUACAACACCGCAAAGCAUUGAGUAAUAACCUUCAAAUUACUUACAAAUGUAAACAAUGGAGUUAAACAAUAGUGGGCUUGAUCACAAGUGGUGCGCUAUUUAGCGCUUUUGCUCGUGGGCAAACACCACUGGAAGUAAAUGUUAAACACAGGUGGGUUAGCACGUGUAUUACAAGUUGAAAGUAAAAUGUCUGCAUGUGAACAAAAUCCCAAUGUACGCUAACUUCAGGACUUCAAAUAUCGUAACCAUGCUAACUUUUAAAAAACAAACAAACCUAACACAUCACUUGCGAGCUAACCCGACACUGCGUUAGACCUACAGUGCUAAACCCGAAGGUAGUUAUGAAUUAUUUUUAUAUAUAUAUAUAUUUCGCUCUCUCUCUCUUUAUAUAUAUAUAUAUAUAUAUAUAUAUAUGAUUAUUUAAAAAAAUAUCUAUACAUAUAUAUCUAUAUGAAGAUAUACAGGCAUAUAUAGGAAUAUAUAUUUAAACAUACAAAGAAAAUUGGAAUGUUAAAUAUUUACAGUAAAUACACAGUAAAAAAACAUUAUAAAAUAUUAAAAUUGAAUAAAAAUAUUUUUUCAUGUUUUAAGGUAUUUGAGCGCAAAUGGAUCCAAAGUGUAUAUCUGUCUGUAUAUGUGUAUAUAUGUAUAUACUAUAUACACAUAUAUGAACAUAUACACACGGGGUGGAAAACUAUCACUGUGGUUUACAAAUCAGCGGUUAAAAGCUACUAGCCCAGAGGGAAAAAGUUAGUAGUCCACUCAAUGUUAAAGAUAGGUAAAAAUCAAAUUUCUAAGUCGCCCACUACAAUUUCUAAGUCAUAUGGGACCACUGAAAAUGUCAAGCCCUGUGUGUGUGUAUAUAUAUAUAUAUAUAUAUAUAUAUAUAUAUAUAUAUAUAUAUAU